AUCUGAACUACAUUCGCUCGUGCUUGAUUCUCAGCUGUGUGGUUAGAAGACAGGAACAGCCUAAACCAUCUGCUAAUCUACCUUACAUACAACGGUGGUCAAGAACUAACCCUGUUUCCUGUUUCUUUCUGGCCACCAGGUCGUAUAACGUAAGCGAACAGAAUGUGUCCUUGAACAAUCAAAAUUUUAUUGACGACCUUAGCUGCCAGAUGACGUGAGUAAAAGGACUUUUCUAUCCUCUUUUGGUUCCUUUCGCGGUGAAAAUUACACGGGAUAGAAACUGAUAUUCUAUCAAAGUUUCACAACUACCACCAGAAGGAAAGGAAAAUAACUCAUUGGGAUAGGAUCCUUUCAGGUCGCGAGUCAUAAUGGAAAAGGGUAUGGAGAUUGCAGAGGACAGGAAUCUGGAAAAGGACAUUAAAGAAGAAAAAAGUGAGGAAGGCGACGAAAGCAAAGAUGUAAUCAAAACUGCAAAAGCAAAAAAGGAGCCAAUGCGAAAUCUUCUGGCCUUCUACGCUUUCGGUGCGUUGAUCUACACGGUAUAUUCUGUCAUCAUUUCAGGCGCACAAGACAUUCUGGCGGGUACCUUCAUUCCAACUGCCGCAGUGUUGGUGACAAAUGUUGGUCCGUAUUUUCUUGUGACAAUGAUCGCGCCCUAUUUUAUACACAAAAUGCCGUACGUCGUGCGAAUAGUGGCAAUUUAUGCAUUUUUUACAGCAGGUCUGUUUAUCAUUGUUUACGCUAAAGAAGUCUAUCUGAAGUUAGUUGGAAUAUGUACGACCUCCCUCGGAGCCGGAAUUGGGGAAGUAUCGUUUUUUACAUUAACUGCCUAUUACGAGAAGGUUUCUGUUGCUGCUUAUUCAGCGGGUACAGGUUCUGGAUUUAUCUUGGGACCUCUUUAUUAUACUGGUUUGACAACAUGGAGUUGUGUAUCACCGAACAAUGCAAUGCUGAUAAUGGCUGGGUCACCUCUUCUCUAUCUAAUUUUCUAUGCCAUAAUGGAGAAAAAACAUUCUGUGGCGGCUGCCACAUCCGGGGAAUUAAAUGAAUCGGAGUCACAAGCAAACAUGGUCACGUGGAAAGAAAAACUUUCUACAGCUGGAAAGAUCCUCCCAUUAGUUGGAUCUCUGUUCAUAGCUUACGUCAGCGAAUACGUCAUCAUUCAAUCUGUUAUCACCACUAUGGCAUUUCCAAGCGCCCCUUUUCCGCCUAGAGUUCAUUAUAGAUACUAUAUUUUUAUAUUUUUGAGUGGUGAAUUCAUUGCUAGGUCAUACCUUGCUGUGAUCGCAUCCCUGAAGCCAAGCCUUGUCAAUGUGUUCGCGAUUAGACGUAUAUGGAUUUUAUCAUUAGUCUUAGUGGCUCAAUUAGUGUUUUUUACUCUAGCAGCGUGGUAUAGAUUCUUACACGACGUGUGGAUCGUUUUCAUUCUAAUUUUUAUCGCUGGUCUUGGCGCGGGUGCAGCUUUUACAAACGCUUUUGUUGUGGUGUCAGAGACUGACCCCAGAUUUAAGGAAUUUGCCAUGGGAUUUGCCACCAUAGGAAUGGGGGCCGGAACAUUUUGUGCUGGGGUAGUGGGACUACUUAUGGAACCAGUGAUUCGCGAUCACUGUUUACUUGUAUCAGACGUAGGAGACUAUUGCUUUACGAGACCUUUUGGCGGAUGGAAUCAAACCUUAAGUUGCUGA